UUCCGGGGGGGGGGGGGGGAGGCCUGACAAGCGGUGACAGAGGCGUUUGGUCGCACAACACACCCGUUACACCCGUGUACACAUCCAGAAAGCAUGGCGAGGAAAGCGCGAGGAUGGCGUGUAGAGUGGAUCCCCUGUCACUCGUCAUUCGCUCCCUUCCGUAGGAUUGAUAUCUUACUUCGUAUCAUGCACACCAUGUACCUCGAUAGAUCGAAGCUUCUCAUAUUUGCUGUAACGGGCGUGCAGAUAUACCGCCGUAAGUCCAGGUCAAGACGCACCCACUGCAGCCACACUCUUCACGUUGCUAAGGCCAAAGGGUAAAGUGCUUGAGAAGUCAGCUGCCAGUGUUCUGACAGCAGCAGCUUCAAACAUCUGUACUGACAAACUGGGUAUGGAUUGUCUAGUAUGCGGC